UUACUCAGUGGGACGGGGUGCCUGUCGCCCUCUCUAGAUAGCUCUGGGGCGGCCCCAGUUCUGUAGCGCUAGGCCCCUCCCGACUCCACACUUGUGUCUGCUCUCCCUACCCCCACCGCCGAAACGGAGGGCACUGUCUCGGCCCCCACCCACCCCGCUAUUUGGUAGAGCUUGAGCACCGCGCGCCCUUCAGUCUUAACAACUUGCCGCUGGCCCCUGUGCCCCAGAGAGGGGACUUCCCAGGUCCGCAGGCCCUUGGUCCUGGUGGGCGUUUGGGGAAACUGGGGUGAGGGUGGCCAGGAGCUUGGGAAGCACUGGCGGUUUGUUUUCCCUCCCUGAGUCUGUUUGGCACAGUUAGGCCCUUCGCCCUGGGCCUGGGAGACACCCAUGGAUUUCCAAGGAGCGGAGGUAGGUGUUGGGGAGGAUGGCGCUGGGGUGUGGUUGCUCUGGGGGUGGGCCCUCUUUGCCCGAAGUGGCUGGAGGGUGGUAUGGAGAAUGGGGAAAGUCUCUCAGGCCUGACUUGGAAAAGAGGCCUGAGGUGUCCUCUUUACAGGGAGCCUGCUCUGUGGUAAAGGGUCACCCUGUCUCAACCUGUUGUCUUGGUGGAUGUCAAGAGUGGAAGUGAGGGAAGGGAGAGGAAGGCGCUUGGGUGGGACUGGUGAAGGCUGGUGCUGACCCAGGAGCGUGGUUUAGGAUGAGACGUGUGCAUGAUGUGUGACAGUGGCACUCAGUACCUUGAAACUCCCAUUUGCCAGACCCUAACUUCCAUCCAGCAGGGGGUAGGGUGUGGGGAUUUUGGCUAGAGGCCUGGAGUUUACCCCUAAGCAGGGCUAAACUAAACAGGGAAGCCUGAGGAACUUAGAGGAUGGCAUUUCACUUCCUUCAGGAGAAAGGGAAGAACUGGGACUGCUCAGACUUGUCUGCAAGAAAUGGCGUGUGUUUUAAGCUGAGCGAAACCACUGACGGCCAAAUCUCAGCUUUGGAGUGGUAGUGCCCCUGGAAACUAGUCAGGGGAGGGUCUAUGGAGGCGGCAAUGAGGGUGUUUAUGGAGGAUCCGCUGCCUAGCAUAGGGGGUAUGGAAGAGGACAGUUAGUGCCCCGAGGAACUGAAAGUGUCCCCGCUUCUAUAUUCAGUGUGAGGGGAAUAGAUAGGUUUGCAUCAUUGUCCUUUGGCUGGUUAAAUACCUGUUAGAGACACAGGCCUUACAUUUUGCAGCUAGAGAUAUCAAGAUGAGUUCAGCUAGGCUAAGGUGGUUCUGCAGGUGUUGGGAUUUAGGUGGUGAGAUUGUUUUGAAAGAGAACUCUGAUUUAGGUGUGUUAGAGAGUGGAUGUACACAGUCUCCACCUCAGUCACUUUAUUGGCCCUCUAUGCUGUUGGGAUCUUUGUUGAUGUUUUUAGUUUACCUUCUUGGAGCAUAGAAGAAGAUGAGAGGGACAUGGAAGAGAGGGUGCAGUGGCAGGGUUUGGUACAGACCUGACUUAGCAGGUAAAGUAUCUCAGCCCAGAUGUAAAAUGGGCAGAGAGAUACCACGUUCAGGUCAUGAGGGUGAAAUCAUACAUGUUAGGAAAGGGUUCAUGCAAAAAUUGUAAAGCCUACACAGAUACAAAGGAUUGUUGUUACCAUCCUUCAUAAGAAAUGUCUUAUUGUCCUAAAGUUAACAAUAUUACUUGUAGUUUUUUAUAUUAUAAAUUGUAACAUUGUACUAAACUAUGAAUCAUAUAUAAUGUAUAUAGGAGAAUGUAAAAAGCACCCAUAAUUCCCUCACUAGAUAAUCAUUACAAAUAUCUUGUUGCAUUGGUGUGUUUAUUUCCUCUUUUCAGUUCCGUGUAUAUGUGCAUGUGUAUGCAAGUAUAUGCUGUGUUACAAGAUGGAGAUAGUGCUACACAGUCAAGUUGUAUGCUGUAUUCCUCCUGCCCCCACAACUUCAUAUUGUAAACAUUUCCUUGAAUAUAAUAAAAAUUCUGACACCUGUUGUUAAUGGCUACUUGAUGUUACAGCCUGUGGUUGUGACAUAAUGAACCAUUCCCGUCUCGGUCAUUUGGGUUUUCAAUUUUUCCAUCUCUGCCUGUUUUUAGAAUUGUAGUUAAUAGGUGGUAGGUGGGGGAGAUCUUGGCUGACUUUCAGAAGGUGGAGAGGGUUUACAGUGAGGGAGGCAGGGCAUGGGCUUGGAGGAGGGCAGGCUGGGGCUGCUUCCAUGAGGCUGAGGCAGGACUGCUCAUGUGUAGUUCCAUCUUAGGAGAACACUGAGAACCCAGGGCUCUCGAUCUUUAUCACUGAUCUCUAUGGGUGGCUGCUUCACCUUUCCCAUCAUCAGGUGCAGCUCCUGAUCUUGGCCUGAUUGCCUUAAUUUUUUCUCGGUGGGCUUUGGAUCAACUGCAGUAAGCCCUUUCGGACUUUUCUUCAAACACACUAUCGGUCAAGAGGUGGAUUUUAAUGUUUGAUAGGCCCAGACACAGCACUUACCAGUAUUGCAAUGGAAAUUCUCAAAAGCUCCUUACUAUAUGACUGAUUUGGUGCCGAUUUCCCUAUCCUCUUUUUCCUUCCCUUGCUUUAUCCCCUUUUCAGUAGUGAUAGGACAGGGGAGCAGAAGGUAGAACUAGUCCUUGAGAGAAUAUGCAUCCCUCCUCCUUAUAAGGUGUAAAUGUACCCCAUGGUUUGAUGAUUUCACAUGCUGCCCUACAAAACACAGUAAUUCAAGGCCAACUAUGUGGGGGCACUUGAACACUUCAUGCCAACCUUACCUACCCACUGUGCUCCCAGGGGGAAGGUUUCAGUUGCAGGAGCUGGUAAUUGGGUCAGAAAGCUCAGGUGAGAGCAGGUCUUACCUUGCUCUUAAAGUGCCAGACGCCGAGUUGGGUUUGGGUUUUUCACAUUUGUUGGGAAUCUGGGGAGAGAAGUGGUGUUACGGACCACUCUGUCAGCUAAGCUCUUCUGGGUAGAGCCUUCACCUGACUCAGGUUGUUUGGUUUCAGAACUAUGAUCCAGGUAGGGAUCGUUCUGGGUAUGAAGAUGGCCUAUUUAUCUUCCACUCCUCCUCAGGCGAUCGUGGGGCUUGAGAAGUUCCAAUGUGGAGCUUCUCAAGAAGGAACAUUGAGCUUUAGUGUUUAGUAACUAACACUGCGCUUGGCACACAGUAGCUGAUGAACAAAUAUUUGUUGAAUGAGUGUUCUUUUUCCAGGCAUCUCAUUCUCAUCUUAAGUAAAAACAAAAUAAGAACACCAGAAAAUCCAAACACAACAUCUCAGGCAAACAAUUCUCCAGUGACUAGUUUUUUUUAUCACGCACCCAAUCUGGGAAGGCUUUUGUUUUCUGCUGUGAGUGCCAGCUGCUGUUGAAUGUUAUCUGCUAGGCACAUGUAUUUUUAUGAGAAUCAAUUGCAGACUUUACCCAGGCUGGCUCCUGCAACCAAUCGGUUCACUCCAGGCUUCAUUGGGAGAUAAACAGACCCAAGGGAGGAGGCUGCCCUAGCCAUGCAAAGCCUGUCUCAUGACAGUUUUUAGUGCUCUAAGUACUCUUAGUACUUUAGUGUUUGGUUAUCCUAGGACUUCUGAGCUUUACCAGACUAAGUUGCGGAGAAGUGUUCUCAGAGCCUUUGUCACCAGUGUUCCCAAUCCUUCUCCCAGACACUGGACUGUUGUAUGGAUAUCCAGCUGAGACACCCCUUUUCUCCAUACAGAACAUUUGAGCGGCCAAGGGAAAGCCAAGUCGACUCUUCAGAUCCCUGUGGACACACUGCCUGCUCUUCCAUAUCAUGGCCCUCCACCCCCGCAGAGUCCGGCUGAAGCCCUGGCUGGUGGCCCAGGUGGAUAGUGGCCUCUACCCUGGGCUCAUCUGGCUACACAGGGACUCUAAGCGCUUCCAGAUUCCCUGGAAACAUGCCACCCGGCAUAGCCCUCAACAAGAAGAGGAAAAUACCAUUUUUAAGGCCUGGGCUGUAGAGACAGGGAAGUACCAGGAAGGGGUGGAUGACCCUGACCCAGCUAAAUGGAAGGCCCAGCUGCGCUGUGCUCUCAAUAAGAGCAGAGAAUUCAACCUGAUGUAUGAUGGCACCAAGGAGGUGCCCAUGAACCCGGUGAAGAUAUAUCAAGUGUGUGACAUCCCUCAGCCCCAGGGCUCGAUCAUUAACCCAGGAUCCACAGGGUCUGCUCCCUGGGAUGAGAAGGACAAUGAUGUCGAUGAAGAAGAUGAGGAAGAUGAGCUGGAUCAGUCGCAGCACCAUGUUCCCAUCCAGGACACAUUCCCCUUCCUGAACAUCAAUGGUUCUCCCAUGGCGCCAGCCAGUGUGGGCAACUGCAGUGUGGGCAACUGCAGCCCUGAAGCAGUGUGGCCCAAAACUGAACCCCUGGAGAUGGAAGUACCCCAGGCACCUAUACAGCCCUUCUAUAGCUCUCCAGAACUGUGGAUCAGCUCUCUCCCAAUGACUGACCUGGACAUCAAGUUUCAGUACCGUGGGAAGGAGUAUGGGCAGACUAUGACCGUGAGCAACCCCCAGGGCUGCCGACUCUUCUAUGGGGAUCUGGGUCCCAUGCCUGACCAGGAGGAGCUCUUUGGUCCCAUCAGCCUGGAGCAGGUCAAAUUCCCAGGUCCUGAACAUAUUACCAAUGAGAAGCAGAAGCUGUUCACUAGCAAGCUGCUGGACGUCAUGGACAGAGGACUGAUCCUGGAGGUCAGCGGUCACGCCAUUUAUGCCAUCAGGCUGUGCCAGUGCAAGGUGUACUGGUCUGGGCCAUGUGCCCCGUCACUUGUUGCUCCAAACCUGAUUGAGAGACAAAAGAAGGUCAAGCUGUUUUGUCUGGAAACAUUCCUCAGUGAUCUCAUUGCCCACCAGAAAGGACAGAUAGAGAAGCAGCCACCGUUUGAGAUCUACUUAUGCUUUGGGGAAGAAUGGCCAGAUGGGAAACCCUUGGAAAGGAAACUUAUCUUGGUUCAGGUGAUUCCAGUAGUGGCUCGGAUGAUCUACGAGAUGUUUUCUGGUGAUUUCACACGAUCCUUUGAUAGUGGCAGUGUCCGCCUGCAGAUCUCAACCCCAGACAUCAAAGAUAACAUUGUUGCUCAGCUGAAGCAGCUGUACCGCAUCCUUCAAACCCAGGAAAGCUGGCAGCCCAUGCAGCCCAACCCCAGCAUGCAACUGCCCCCUGCCCUGCCGCCCCAGUAAUCAUGAAUGCCAUCUUCUUCCUUCUCUUUUUUAUAGUAUUGUACAUAUGGAUUUUUUUUUAUUGUUUAGAUUUAACCAGCUUUAUAUCUGUCUUUUCUCUAACAGUGUUAGAAGUCUGUGAUUCUCCGAAUAUGCCUAGAUUUAAAGCUGAUUUAAUUUAUGGAAAAAUCACCCUUCAGAGUUUACUUUUCUUUUUCAAAUCUCCUAAUGGUAGUAUGAUGUAGCAUAGCAGUAGGAGAUUUGGCCUGGGAGUUUGGACACCAGGGUUCUAGCUGCAGCUUUGCUUCCAAUGUGACCUUGAACAAGUCUUUUAAACUCUGGGCUUCAGAAUUUACUGCUUGUAAAGUGAAGAGAUUGGAAUGAUGCCUGAAACUGCAUCCAACAUUAAAACCGACUUGAUGAACUUCUUCUACUUGUACAAGACUAAACUGCCUGGAACAGACUCCUUCUUCAUUGUUCUUGUACCACAUUUUUCCUUGGUUUUGUUGAAGUUUCCUCAAGCACUGAUUUGUCCAGGAUCGAGCUCUGUUUGACCUGUUCUGCUAGUAUAGUAAGCUGGCUCCCUGAUGGGGGAAGUGAGAGGGAGAGGAGCUGGCUGGCUGGUUGCUUAGAAACCAUGCUUGAUAUCUAAAUAGAAGUGGGUGCCAAAGUCUGAAAGUCACCCAGCCUGUGAAGUGAAAGCUCACAAAUUUGGGUUCUAAAGGGAAGCUACUGACACAGAAAGGCUAGGGAUUCUGUGGAAGAAUAGGUUGUCAGGCAUUUACCUUAUUACAAUUCAAAUACCAGUGUGUGUGGAGGUGGGGGGCAGGAGUGGGGAGAGGGGUAGAUGACAGUAUGUGAUUCAGGUGGAAGUUUUAAGAGGAAAGAGCUCUCUUUAUUUUCUUCCUUGAGCUAGACUCAGCUAGGGAUCUAAGAUACACUCCUCUGAGUACAAAAGGAAGAGUAUCAUGUAGAUUUUUUGCAGUUGGAAGAAAUGGGUUAUUGGGUGUGUUAAGGCUGGGAUGAAGAAGGGCUGGGCUGUACUCUUCUGGAAAGGCUCACCUAGUAUAAACCUGCUUGUCUCCCUUACUAGUGGAAGUAUCUGGGUGUGAACAGUGAAGGUAAAGAGUGGUAGAGAACUGUGCAGCUCUAUCUGUCACAAACUGGUCUCAUGUAGAAACUUUUGCUGAGUCUUUAACUCUUUUGCCUUUCUCUUCUUUUCUGAGACAGAGUCUUGCUUUGUUGCCGAGGCCGGAGUGCAGUGUCAUUGUCAUACUUACUGCAGCUUUAAGCUCCUGGGCUCAAGUAAUUGUCCCAUCUCAGCCUCCUGAGUAGCUAGGACAAUGGCAUGCACUAUGAUGCUUGGCUAAUUUUUUUAUUUUUAUAGAGAUGAGGUCUUGCUAUGUUGCCCAGGCUGGGCUUGAACUCCUGGGGUCAAUCAAUCUGGGACCUAAAUUACAAAUAAGAUGCUAAUCUGUGGUUUCAAGCCCCAGUCCUCUUGAAUAGUGAUGCCUAUCUGUCUGUGUCAGGACAUAGGAAGCCCAUGUCUAGUCUGGUGCCUUUAAACCAGGCCAUCUCCUACUUUCGAAAAUGACUCAAAAGUUGAGCUAGCUUUCUUUUAAAAAUUAAAAGUUCAAAAUCAGUGGUGACACGAGGACUUAUUUAUUUUUUUUAAAGUGCUUAAGGCUUGGUUUUAGAGUUUCUAAGAGACCUAGUGGAAAUUGCUAUUAUGAAAAGCAUUGCCCAUGCUAUUAUGAAAAGAUUAAGAAAUGUAGCUAAAGAUAGGUGCCCAGCUUCAAGAAAAAGUUGGGUUUUUAGGGACCAGGAAGCAUUAAAGGCACAGAAACUUUACAUUUUGGGGUCGCUUUGUUGAGUGGGUGAAGUGAGGGAUUUGGUCUUGAUAUUUAGCUGCCCCAUCUGUGUGUGGGAGCUCAAAGCUGAAAAUAACCCACUGCAGGUAAAUUAGGAGGGCAACUCUUGUUCUUCUGUGAAAUGCUAACAGGCUAUCUGUAUUCUGGGUGGGAGCCCAGAUGAUGUGAGCUGGUAAAGGGUAUUGGGAAAGUGCCAAGAAAUACCAAGCUUUUGGUUUGUAACCAUUAUGAAAAGUUUAUGAACAUGUCAGAGGAAUGGAUGAGUGAUUUGUGAGAUCUUAACUAGAUACCCCGUUUUCUUCCUUGUCUUGGUUCCUUUUCAGAAUGCCAGGAGCAUACAUGCAGGGAUCCCAGCUGAUCACCCUCAAUGCUCUUUUUCUGUCCUGCUGGAUAAAUUUAGGUUUCCUUUUUUUAGGGCCUCAGUCUUCUAUUUCCUUUGAUGGCUACCACCACUUACUCCAUUGAUGUCUUUGCAUCCUUGCCUUCACCUUGCUUAAGACUAGGAAGGGAGUUAGAUUUUGUCACAGCUCUUCCUUUUCCUUGCUGUAUACUCCACCAAACUAGAUUAGUUCAGGUUAAAAAGAACCUAUUGGAGGUAAACUGGGAGAAGCAAGUGUUGGAUCUGGGCUGGCCCCUUUCCUAUAUAAUUAGGUCCCUGGUUACAUGUUCCCAUAGCACCCUAUGCUUCCCCUUUCAGAAUAAUCAUUUUCCUCGUAAUGCUCAGCAUCUUUAUCCUGCUUGACUACAAACUUGCUGAAGGUAGGAAUUGUUUGUCUUGGACUUUGCUGCCAGUCCUUAGAACAGUGUCUGGUACACAGUGUGUUCUCAAAUAUUUGUUGCUGGAAUAAAUGAAUGAAUUAAAUCAG